UCAGUCCACCCGAGUUGCUGAAUGGAAGUGUGAGUAGCGGGAAUGUUGGGGUUGCCAGUUACCUCACUCUCCAGGUGGAAGUGGUGAGGGUGAGAUGUUAUGGGAAGACUCGUCGCUGUUUAUAGAUGUGGGCUCUAUCAUAGUGCGUUUAUGAAAGGACAGUGAUGAGUGCUAAAGGAAUAUAAAUCCAAACCGAAUAAUGGUAAUGUACUGGUGAGCGGUUUCAAUAAUUUAUCAGAGCCAUGAAUGACAUGAAGAUAGCCAACAGAUAAGAGGUUGAGACGGAUAUAUACGUCGAGGAGGCAUGGAAAAGGGUUGUGAUACUGAUAAUGUGCUGUAACUGCAUUUGUCCCUUUAAGUGCUGAGUCAUACUCCACUGUAAGAGCUACCUCGAAAGGACAAAAUUCAUCGCCUCUUAUAAAGCUGCAGAUCGCAGACUUGUCCAGUCGCACUUAGGCUGGGCUCUCUCAUGGGCAAUUGGUUUGGAAUCUUUGGUCAACAGAACGAAGACACUUUCUCCCAGCCUGCUGCUGAUGCUCAGUUAGAGAAACCGGAAAGUGAUCAAUGCACAAAAAUGGCAGACGUUGAACAGAGAUAUGUACGUCCUCCAGAUCACAAAGAGUUUUCGUUUGGUACACCUCAGGAGUUUGUCAAGAAAUUUGGAGGGAAAAAAGUAAUUACCAGAAUCCUCAUUGCAAACAAUGGCAUUGCUGCAGUCAAGUGUAUGCGAAGUAUACGCAAGUGGGCAUAUGAAGUGUUCAGGAAUGACAGAGCAUUCCAUUUUAUUGGAAUGGUCACACCAGAGGACUUGAAAGCUGGAGCAGAAUAUAUAAAAUUAGCUGAUGACACUGUUAUGGUACUUGGAGGGGCUAACAACAAUAAUUAUGCCAAUGUCAAAGUCAUUGUGGAUACAGCAAAACGGUGCAAUGCUGAUGCUGUCUGGGCUGGUUGGGGCCAUGCUUCAGAAUACCCAGAAUUGCCAGCUAAAUUGCUCAAGCAUGACAUUGCCUUUAUUGGUCCACCAGAGAAGGCCAUGUGGGCACUUGGUGAUAAAAUUGCAUCCAGCAUUGUUGCCCAAACAGCUGACAUACCAACACUGCCAUGGUCAGGAUCAGGUCUAAAGGUUGAGUAUUCAGAACGUGGUGCUGGGAAACGCCUCAAUAUACCUCGUGAACUAUGCCGGAAAGGUUGUGUUGAAAGCUACGAAGAAGCAUUGUCAGCUGCUCAAAAAAUUGGAUUCCCCGUUAUGAUUAAAGCCUCUGAGGGAGGUGGUGGGAAAGGCAUUCGGAAAGCAGAAUCAGAAGAAAAUUUCCAAGCAUUAUUUAGACAGGUGCAAGCAAGAAGUUCUGGCUCCCCUAUUUUCAUCAUGAAAUUGGCGGAGUAUGCUCGUCAUUUAGAAGUACAGAUAAUUGCAGAUAUGUAUGGUAAUGCAGUGUCUUUGUUUGGCCGUGACUGUUCUGUACAAAGAAGGCAUCAAAAAAUUAUUGAAGAGGCCCCAUGUGUAAUAGCCAAGCCUGAAGUCUUUCGAAAAAUGGAACAGGCUGCUGUUAAACUAGCAAAACUUGUGGGUUAUGUGAAUGCUGGAACUGUGGAGUAUCUCUACGAUAAUGAUGGUAAUUUCUAUUUCCUUGAACUUAAUCCUCGCCUGCAAGUUGAGCAUCCAUGUACAGAAAUGAUAACAGACAUCAAUCUUCCUGCUGCACAAUUACAGAUUGCCAUGGGCAUCCCUCUGCACCGAAUCCGCUGCAUUCGUGUGCUGUUUGGCAACUCUCCUUGGGAUGACAAUGUCAUUAACUUUGACCAACCUGAAAAAAAACCUGUGCCUAAAGGACAUUGCAUUGCAGCUCGUAUCACAAGUGAAAAUCCAGAUGAAGGAUUCAAACCCAGCUCUGGAACAGUUCAAGAACUGAACUUCAGAUCUGGAAAGAAUGUUUGGGGUUACUUCAGUGUCUCAGCCUCAGGAGGAUUACAUGAAUAUGCUGAUUCUCAGUUUGGUCACUGCUUCUCGUGGGGUGAAGACAGGGAAGCAGCGAGAGAGAAUCUUGUGAUAGCUCUGAAAGAACUGUCUAUUCGAGGAGACUUCAGAACAACGGUGGAGUAUUUAAUUACACUUUUGGAAACUGAUAAAUUCCAAGAAAAUACCAUAGACACUGGUUGGCUUGAUCAGCUCAUUGCAGCACAAGUAAAAGGCAAAAAGCCGAACACCAUGAUGGGAGUAAUAUGUGCAUCUGUGCUCAUUGCUGAUAACACAAUCCAGGAAGCUUUCACCAACUUUCAGGCCUCUCUUGAAAAAGGCCAAGUACUACCUCUCAAAUCUCUUAGCAAUGAUGUAGAAGUGGAUUUAAUUUCUGAAGGUGUGAAAUACCAUGUACGAGUUACACAGUCAGGUCCCUCGCAGUACUUUUUGGUGCUAAAUAACUCUCAUAAAGUCAUUGAUUUCAACCGAAUGAGUGAUGGUGGACUGCUUCUCUCACUUGAUGGUAUCAGCCCUGUUACAUAUUUGAAAGAUGAAGUAGACAAGUAUCGUGUGACAAUUGGCCACCAGACAUGCGUUUUUGAAAAGGAAAAUGAUCCUACUGUUUUAAGGAGUUCAGCACCUGGCAAGCUUCUUAAUUACCUGCAAGAAGAUGGAAGUCAUUUAUUUGCUGGGCAACCAUAUGCAGAAAUUGAGAGUAUGAAGAUGGUGAUGACAUUAACGGUUGCGGAAUCAGGCUGUGUGUACCAUCUGAAACGUCCAGGAGCUGUGCUUAAUGCUGGUGAUAUUAUUGCUAGAAUGGAACUUGAUGAUUCAACCAGAAUAACAAAGGCACUACCCUACACUAAUGGAUUCUCUCCUAGUAAAACACCAUCCCCCAGAGAAGAUGAAAAGUUGAAUCAUGUGUAUCAUUCAAGUAGAGGCAUCUUGGACAAUGUUUUGAAUGGGUUUUGCUUGCCUGACCAGUUCUUCACAGCAAAGGUAAAGGAGACAGUUCAGAAGCUGAUGAAUGUGUUGAGGGAUCCAAACUUACCCUUACUUGAGUUACAGGAAGUAAUAGCGUCAAUUUCAGGGCGGAUACCUCAAGCUGUUGAGAAGAAAGUACGGAAAUAUAUGCUCAUUUAUGGCAGUAAUGUUACGUCAAUGCUUGCCCAGUUCCCCUCUCAGGAAAUAGCUACUGUAAUAAAUAACCAUGCUGCUUCCCUUCAGAAGAAAGAUCGUGAAGUAUUCUUGAAGACAAUAAGUGGCUUGCUACUCUUAUGUGAAAGAUACAAAAAGGGGAGCAGGGGUGGAAUGACACAGGUUGUACAAGAGUUGCUAAAACACUAUCUUCAAGUUGAGACUCAGUUCCAGCAUGGGUCAUAUGAUAAGUGUGUUCAUGCCAUAAGAGAGAGGAACAAGGAUGACAUGGCCAGUGUAUUGUCAACACUUCUGUCUCAUUCGCAAGUCAUGAAGAAAAAUCAGAUGGUGAUUCUUUUGAUUGAGCACCUUUGUGACCAUGAACCAGGCCUUACGGAUGACUUGGCAUCAAUUUUGGAGCAGCUAACUAAACUGAAUAGUGCCAAGCACUCUAGGGUUGCUCUGCGUGCAAGACAGGUGUUAAUUGCCGCUCAUCAACCAGCCUAUGAACUAAGAUUCAACCAGAUGGAAUCUAUAUUCCUACCAGCUAUAGACACAUAUGGCCAUUCAUUCCACCCAGAAAACCUUCAGAAGCUCAUCCUAUCAGAGACAUCAAUUUUUGAUGUUCUUCAUGCCUUCUUCUACCAUGCCAAAGUAUCUGUUCGAAUGGCAGCAUUGGAGGUGUAUGUACGCAGGGCUUACAUCAGCUAUGAGCUUACAUGUCUUCAGCACAAAGAACUGUAUGGUGGAGUUUGUAUUGUAUUCUUCCAGUUUCUGCUGCCAUCAUCUCAUCCAAACAGAAUUCCACACAAUAAAGCAUGGAGUACGCUCGAGUACACAGAUCCCCAUCAUACCAUUAUCGACCCUCCUACUAACCUUGAAAACUGUCAAAGAAUGGGCAUCAUGGCAACCUUUAAGACAUUUGAAGAGUUUGAACUUUACUUUGAUGACAUCAUGAAUUUUUUCCAGCCCUCAGAGUCAAUGACACUGGAGGGAGAGUUGAGUCCUCGAGAUCAACUUGGUUCUUCUGCCAAAUUCGGAACAUCUCUCUCUGACUUCAUGAGCAAAACCCAGGAAACCAAGGAUCCUAUACACAUUAUGAACAUUGGCAUAUGCAUGGAGGAAGAGAAAGAUGAUUCAGUUUUAAGUGAGCAGUUUUCCGUUUUCUGUGCAAGCAAGAAGAAGGAAUUAUGUGAAGCAGGUAUUCGGCGUAUCACCUUCGUCAUAUUUUACAAACAACAUUUUCCAAGAUACUUUACUUUUAGACCUAGAAACCAGUUGAAACACAUACAAAAAUCAGUUGAUUCCAGGGCUCGGGAUGAAUUUGAUGAGGACCGAAUUUACCGUCACUUAGAACCUGCGCUGGCUUUCCAGUUAGAGAUUAAUCGUCUAAGAACUUAUGAUUUAGAAGCUUUACCAACUGCAAACCGCAAGAUGCAUUUAUAUCUUGCCAAAGCCAAGGUUGCAGAUGGCCAAGAGGUUACAGACUACAGAUUUUUCAUCCGGUCCAUUAUUCGUCAUUCAGAUCUUAUCACGAAGGAGGCUUCAUUUGAAUACCUGGAGAAAGAAGGAGAAAAACUUCUGUUGGAAGCAAUGGAUGAGUUGGAAAUUGCCUUCUCUCAUCCUCUAGCAAAGCGAACAGACUGCAAUCAUGUCUUCUUGAAUUUUGUCCCAACUGUGAUAAUGAAUCCAUCCAAGAUUGAAGACUCUAUUAGGUCCAUUGUGAAUCGUUAUGGCCGCAGAUUAUGGAGCCUUCGUGUUCUACAAGCAGAAAUUAAAAUGACCAUCCGCCAGACUCCUCAAGCCAAAACUCUCCCAAUCAGGCUAACAUUAUCCAAUGAAUCAGGCUAUUACCUGGAUAUGCAUUUGUACCGAGAAGUCACAGACAAGCUCACUGGACAAGUAAAAUUUUUGGAAUUGGAAGUGGAAGCUCCUCCACGAUCACCUUGUCACUUUUCGUCAAACAGCAGGCGUUUCUCAUCCCCAGGAAGAGGGGUAUUUCCGAUCAAGUUUGAAGGUUUUGGAGCACGUCAAGGUCCACUACAUGGUCUUCCAAUAUCUACACCUUACAUGACCAAGGAUUAUCUUCAACUGAAGAGAUUUCAGGCUCAGACAAAUGGCACAACAUAUGUUUAUGACUUCCCAGAGAUGUUUCGGCAGGCCUUGGAGAGAGUUUGGGAAGAGUACCUACGAGAGCGAGGUGGAGGAGAAGUCCCUGGUGUUCUUAUGAGUACUGUAGAACUGGUGUUGGAUCAAGAUGAUAAACUUAUUGAGGAGAAACGACUUCCUGGUGAGAAUAAUAUUGGUAUGGUUGCGUGGCGUAUGACAUUGCACACCCCAGAGUACCCAGAUGGUCGAGAUGUGAUAUGCAUUUGUAAUGACAUUACGUAUCAGAUUGGUUCAUUUGGUCCUGCAGAAGACACACUAUUCCUGAAAGCUUCAAUACUUGCCCGAAAUUUGAAGAUCCCGAGGAUCUACAUUGCAGCCAACUCAGGUGCUCGUAUUGGGUUGGCAGAGGAGGUCAAGCAUUUGUUCAAAGUUGCAUGGGAAGAUCCAACAGAACCAGAUAAAGGUUUCAAGUAUCUUUAUGUAACACCUGAAGAUUACAAGAAUAUUGCUGCUUUGGACACAGUUCAUACUGAGAUAAUUGAUGAAAAUGGCGAAACAAGAUACAAAAUAAAUCAUAUCAUAGGAAAGGAUAAUGGUCUUGGUGUAGAAAAUUUACAGUAUUCUGGUAUGAUUGCUGGCGAGACGUCACAGGCAUAUCGUGAGAUAGUAACAUUUUCAAUGGUUACGUGUCGAGCCAUCGGUAUUGGAGCCUAUUUGGUACGAUUAGGACAGCGAGUUGUGCAAGUAGAAUCUUCUCACAUUAUACUUACUGGAUACAGAGCUCUGAAUAAGUUACUUGGUCGUGAAGUUUACAGCAGCAACUCCCAGUUAGGUGGUGUACAAAUUAUGCACAAUAAUGGUGUGUCUCAUGAUGUCGCUCCCAAUGACCUGGAGGGAAUUUAUACCAUGUUGAGAUGGCUGUCAUUUGUACCAAAGACCAAAGGUGCUUCUCUUCCGGUCAUUCCGUGUGUGGAUCCUGUUGAACGUGAAGUAACAUUUGCUCCAGGCAGAGCGUCUUAUGAUCCUCGGCAUUUGUUGGCUGGUAGAAUAUCAUCUUCAAAUCCAAAUGAAUGGGAAAGUGGCUUUUUUGAUAAGGACUCAUUCCAGGAAAUUUUAGAACCAUGGGCACAAACAGUGGUCUGUGGGCGGGCACGGUUAGGAGGAAUUCCUGUGGGUGUUAUUUGUGUUGAGACAAGAACUGUGGAACUCAAUCUCCUGGCAGAUCCUGCUAAUCCAGAUUCAGAGGCUAAAACUGUCUCUCAAGCUGGCCAGGUUUGGUUCCCAGAUUCAGCGUAUAAGACAUCCCAGGCCAUCUGUGAUUUCAACCAUGAAGGAUUACCUCUUAUAAUAUUUGCCAACUGGAGAGGGUUUUCAGGAGGGAUGAAAGACAUGUAUGAACAGGUUAUCAAGUUUGGUGCCUACAUUGUUGAUGAACUUCGUGAAUAUGGCCAGCCAAUCAUUGUUUAUGUCCCUCCAUAUGCUGAAUUACGAGGAGGUGCCUGGGUUGUCAUUGACCCAACAAUCAAUAAGAAAUACAUGGAAAUGUAUGCAGAUCCACUAUCUAGGGGGGGUGUACUGGAACCAGAAGGAACAGUUGAAAUCAAAUUUAAACACAAGGACAUUAUGAAGGCCAUGUCCCGAUUGGAUCCAACUAUUCAUAAACUGAACAAAUCUCUAGCAGACUCUGAUCUACCUAGUGAUGAACAGGCUGCUACAAGGAAAAGAAUUAAGGAGAGGCAAGAUCUUCUAUUGCCUAUAUAUCAUCAGGUUGCUGUAACAUUUGCAGAUCUUCAUGAUACUCCUGUAAGAAUGCAAGAAAAAGGAGUAAUUCAGGGUGUUGUACCCUGGGCACAAAGUCGACAGAUUCUGUAUUGGAGACUUAGACGACGUCUUGCAGAAGAGAGAGUAAAGGAGGAACUAAGACAUGUACAGAAGGAGGCAUCUGAUGCUCACAUAGAUUCUCUGUUGAAACGUUGGUUCUAUGAAGCAAGACCAUCAGGGGAAACUUAUCUCUGGGACAGCAAUAAGGAUGUAGCCUUUUGGUUAGAAGAACAGAUGCAACAGGAGGACCUAAUAAGCAAAGAUUGUGGGUCAGCUAGUUCUUCCCAAAGUAUAGAAAACAGCCCAUUAUACCUUGUAGAAAAAUUACAGCUUCUUAGAAGAGACGCUGCAAUUUCACAGGUUAAAGAAAUAAUGAAGGAGUUUCCAGAGAUUGCCAUGGAUACAAUUGUUCACAUUGUUCAGCGAAUGUCUCAGGCUCAGCGCAAAGAUGCUCUUGAAGCAUUAUCAAAUCUAGAUUUAGUUAAGCAGCCCCAGUUGGAACCAGAAUCGACACCAGAAUCACAGGAAGGCUCCAACUGACCCUUGUUGUGGCAGUAGUCACUCCCAACUACUUGCCACAUACACUAUUGUAUUAUGUUUCCCUAGCCUUUUAUCCCUAUUUCUGUUUACAUCCUUUAUCACCUUUGCAAGUUGAAUCACCAUGUGUAUAUUAGAUAUGUUCCCAGAUUUGAUAGUUUUGAAGGUUGUCACAAAUGAUGUACUGUACAGUAUAUAUACUCAUACAGCUUUAUAUAACUAAUUAAUUUUAAUCAGCAAAAUCUUGUUAAAAAUUCAUUAUUGCUAUUACUUUGAGAUAUACAUAUUGUAGUUGAGGUAAUGAAGAUGUUACAUAUAUUUAAAUUAGUAUUACCUCCCAUGUGUUGAAUGAACUGUUUUUUUUUUAUUGAAAUUAUGCCCAGGUAAUUUUGUGAUUUAUGAAAGAUGUGUUAAGUGACUUUUGUCAGUCUCUUAAAAUAUCACAUGAGCAGCAUCAAUUUUUAUUGUUAUUUUAAAGCAUAAAAAUUUAACCCAAAUAAUCUGCAUAUUCUGUUUUUAGA